AUGGAGACAUUAGUAAAAGGUUUUCGGGUUCUCUUUUUUGUAGCAGUGGCAGUUGUUAGGCUUCGAGGUGACGUCUUGGUAAAUGGCACUACUACUCAAACUCAAGACAAUACCAAUUCUUCCUCAGUUCAUCUCAAGCUUCCCCCAGGAAAAGACUAUGUUACAUUAAGCAACAGAACGUCCACUGAAGUUGUGCUCAACAACAACAAAAAUAGAGGAUCUUAUUAUAGAGGUGGAGGUGAUGGUGGAGGAGGCGGCGGUGGAGGUGGAGGUGGAGGUGGGGGUGGCAGUUUUGGAUGGGGAUGGGGUGGGGGUGGAGGAGGGGGAGGUGGAGGUGGGGGAUGGGGAUGGGGAGGAGGAGGUGGUGGUUGGUAUAAAUGGGGAUGUGGAGCAACAAAACCUGGGAAAGGCAAGGGGAGAGGAGGAGGUAGAGGCACUAACAGUGAGUUUGCUCAAUGCAUGGUUAAAGGAAGGUGCAGAGGCAUGAGGUUGGAUUGCCCCCUUCACUGUGGUGGACCUUGCGUCUAUGACUGCCAACAUAUGUGCAAAGCCCACUGCAGACGCCCAUGAAUAUUCCUUAACCUUCAUCACAUUAGUCUAAACCUUUCUCAUUUUUCCCCCCAUCUUGACUGGUUCCUAAUCUCUCUGAAUCUACAAAAUGUUAAGAAGAAAACCGAUUGAAGAGUUUAAACAAAUAGAUGUUUGUGUUUGAAAUUUGAUGGGCUAGGAGGAUUUUACAAAAUGUGUUUCUGUCUUUAGUUCUCUUUUGACUAUUUGUUUGGGGUUUUCAAUGGAAAACCAUUUUGGACAAAUAUUGCAUCCAUGUUCAUGUAAUUAAAGCCGAGUGCUCAAACAUUGAUCUGAUCAGUUGUGCUGUGUAGCUGCAAAA